AAUAAAAUACAUACGUGUUGUAUACAAUAAUUGAUUCAUAUGUAGACCAAUCUGAAAGAUCGAGACAAAAUCAAUGGACACGUCUGUUUAUUUGGAGAUUUAACCUCUCCUUUACAUGAUUUCGUCGGUAUUGCACAAAAAAUCAUGAAAUAUCAAAAUUUAAGUCAACCAUAAAUACUAUUCGUACGGGAAGAAUAUUAAAAUCCAACAAACAUUGUUUAAUUAAUUAAUUAUUAGUAUUACAAAAUUACAAAAAAAAAACCUAAAUACAUUGACAAUGUCUCUAAGUUCCCUUUUCAGCGAAUCAUUUUUUGCAACAACCAAUAAAAAAUAUUACUCCUUCCGUUCUUAAAAGAUAAACUUUUUAGUAUUUUCACAUAUAUUAAAAAAACACAUUAAACUACCAUAAUAAAUGUAUUGUUUUCUGUAAUAUUAAAUUUUCAAUAACUUUUAAUCGAUAGUAAUUCAAUAAAGUCAAUUAAUUUUUUUGAAGUUUACAAUUUUUUCAUAGAAAACACAAAAAAUAUAUUUUUUUGAAACAAACAUUUUUUCUAAAAAGUCUAUCAUUAAGAAACGGAUAGAGUAGAAUUUAUAUUCAGUUUUAUAAAAAAUAUCAUAUUAUACAAUAAUAAUAUAAGCAAAGAAAGUUGACCUAAAACGCAAUAAUGUUUUACCUUAACAUAAGAAAACUGAUUGUUGAAAAGCUUUGGAUGAUAAACCAAAACAAAAAUAGAACUAAAAUUUGAAAGAAACAUAUAUGUAAAAUAAGUUGAAUUACUAUGGAGAAAUAUAUAUAAAUCUUUAGUGGUAUUAAAAUAAAAAUCAUGAGAAAAUUGUUACAAUUGACAACGUUAUGAUCCAAUAGCACGCCUUAUCGUCUCUCUUUGGAAGUAGUUUACAGACCGCGAUAUAAUAUAAUAUUCAACAGAAAGUUUAAAGACCAUAAAGUCUACAUUAAGUUGUUUAUUUUUCAAAACAAGACACGCCCCCAAAGCUAAAACAAGAAAUGAAACUAAGACAAUAGUAAUGGUUUCCUUCUCAUCUGUCUAAAGUUUUUCUUUUAUAUCUUCUUGUUUCCAACUUAGUUUUGCGUUGCUCAUGGAUCAUGAUAUAGAGAAGAGAGUGACUGAUCACCGACGACUGAACCAAUCAUCACUUUUCACCGCGUUUGCGUUCAGCUUUAUAACUCUGAUCGCGGUUACCACGUUGGUUCUAAUGUCUAAUUUCUCGAUGCAACCGCAGAGAGAUUUCUCGGAGGUGAAGAUAGAGAUCAAGAGAGUGAUUCCACUGCCACACUUACCUCUGAGCUCCGAGAACGAAAGUAAAAGCAAGCAAGUGGCGAUGACUUCUCCUAACCCGAACAUCACUACUGUAAACAAAAAGAUCCUAGCACUUAUCGAGAUGUUCAGUGGAGAUAACUUGUCUGACAAGUUUCAAAGGAAGGCCAAUGAGUUUGUCGGAGAUUCUGGAUGCGAAGUCAACUUCGUCAUGACAUGGAUAUCACCAGCUGAUUUGUUCGGAAAGAGAGAGGUCUUAGCUAUUGAAAGUGUCUUCAAGUCUAAUCCUCAUGGUUGCUUGAUGAUCCUAUCAGCAACCAUGGAUUCUCCUCAAGGCUAUAAAACCUUGAAGCCGUUUCUUGAUCGUGGUUACAAAGUUGUUGCAGUCACGCCGGAUCUGCCUUUUCUACUCAAAGGAACCGCCGGAGAAACGUGGCUAGACGAAAUAAGAAGCGGGAGAAGAGACCCGGGAAAGAUAUCAUUAGCUCAGAAUCUGUCAAACCUCAUGAGGCUUGCCUACUUGUACAAAUACGGAGGUGUUUACUUAGACACCGACAUGAUCCUUCUCAAAAGCUUCAAAGGGCUUAACAACAUUAUUGGAGCUCAGACGCUUGACCCUUCCUUCACAAACUGGACGAGACUGAACAACGCGGUGCUAAUAUUCGACAAGAACCAUCCUCUCUUGCUCAAAUUCAUCGAAGAAUUCGCUCGAACUUUCAACGGAAACGUAUGGGGAUACAACGGACCGUACCUGGUUUCUCGAGUGGCGGCUAGAGCAGCAGUGAAGGAGGAGUACAACAACUUCACCGUCAUGCGACCUUCUGCGUUCUAUCCCGUGAACUGGCUAGAGAUAGAGAAGUUCUUCAAGGUGCCAAAGACGGAGAAAGAGUCGAAAUGGGUCAAGGUCAAGCUUCUUCAGAUGCUGAGGAGAAGCUAUGGAUUGCAUCUUUGGAAUAAAUUUAGCAGAAAGUUUGAAAUCGAACAAGGGAGUGCCAUGUGGAGAUUAGUAUCAGACCACUGUAUAAUCUGUCAAAUCGGUUCUGCAUCAUCAUCAUCAUAGUCUAUUGUUUGUAUAAUUGUAUUUGUUCAGAGUUCAGUUACACUGUUAAUAAGCUUGCUGUAUUGUAAGGAUUCAAUAUGGUCCAAAGAUUCAAUGUUAUCAAUUGGCUUUCUUCUAUUAAGCCUAGUAACUUGGGUCUAUAUUGGGCCUUAUCAAAAGGACCAUUAUAGUCAUUGCUUAUUGUUUUGUUGCGAAAUGCGACUAUUUUACACGAACUCUGCACUGCACUAGUGUUGGGGUUGGGCAUUCGGAUUUCCGGUUUAGGGUCGGUUUGGUUUAUUCAGUUUUCGGGUCAUUCAGAUUAAGGUAUUUAGAAACCGGAAAUUUUUCAGGUUGGUUCGGAUAAUGUCAGGUUCAGAUCAUAUUUCUAUUUUUUUUAUAAAAUCCAAAGUGAAACUGGAUUAAAAAUAAUUCGUGUUGGUUCGGGUAUAAAGUGUAAAACCAAAAAAAUCCAGAAACCUGAGUUGAACCUGAAAAACAAAAAACAAUAUUCGGAUAAUUCGUAUAGUUCGGGUUUUUUUUUUAUAUUUUUAUAUAUUAAAUUUUUAAAAUUAAUAUUUUUUAAUAUAUUCAAAAUAUUUCGGUAUCUGUUCGGUUCUCGGUUUGGUUUCAGUUUUUUAGAUUUAGAAAUAUAAGAACUGUUCGGUUUUUUGUAAUUUUCGGUCUGAUUUUGUUCUUAGUUUUUUUCAGUUCAGUUCCGGUUCGGUUUCGGAUUUCUAACAAUAUUCCCAGGACUACUCUGCACCAGGUUGAUUGCAUCAUACAUUAUAUUUUAUUUUUGUAGAUUUUGGGAGGAAAUAAUAUAUAAAGUUAUACUAAUUUUAAUCAUUGUCGUCCUUGGAUUCAAAAAAUUUGACGGAUGGGCUGAAUGAAUGAUUAAAUAAAUGAUAACCAGCUUUGUCAGCAUCCAGUUGUUUUCUACUAGUUUGGAAAUAAGUUCGUCAUAAACCUGAAGAUCACGUGUGAUGUUAACCAAAUUUCAAAUAUAUAUAACAUUGUUAAUUCGCUGAUAUACGUACGUUUCUUUUAUACAUAGGAAAAAGAAAAAGAAAA